AUGGGUAGACGGCGUAGAAGAAUCUUUCCUAAAAAGAAGAGAUCCGUAUUCAGUAGACCGCAUCCAAUAAAAAGGAAAAUGAUGUUGAAACACAGAAGGAUGAAAGCGUUUUUCCACAAGCAUAAUCCUAGAGGAUUUAUAGAACGUGGUGUAAGGAAAAUGGUUGGGGGUAUCUACACUGUGUCUGAUCGAGUGAGAGACAAAAUAGCUGAGAGCACCAUGGCCCUAGAUAAUCCCUUCAGUGCACAAUUCUAUGAAGACAGAUGUGUUAUUCAG